ACACACCAGAACAAUUAAUUAUUAAUGAAUUUGUUGAGUACAGUGGAAAAGAACCCAUAAUCAUUGAAAAUAGUAAUCAAGAUAGUGACGAAUCAUCCUCACAAUUUGAUGAAAAUGCAUUUCCUGAUGCUUAU